UCAAUAUUUAUGCACGCGCUCACUUAAUUGUCAGCUGGUGGAGUGCGCGAGAAGACGCACGGGGGGGCGAGAGAGCGAGUUCCUCGACUGUGAAAGGAAGCUCUCGCGUGCAGAGCUGAAGUUUCUCUGACUGCAGGUGUCCCGCGAGCGCAGAGGAGCCACGAGGGAUUUACUGACCGCUGUAUCGAUAGCUUCUAGUUCAAGGAUGGAUCGAUGGAGCCCGGUGCGCGAGACCUGGCUGCUGUGGCUGCUCGUGACGGUGUUUUACACCUCGUAUGCAGCUGAUCCUAUUGACAUCCUGAAGGUCCUGGAGCUGUCAGAGAACAUGGAGGGCGUGUCAUUGGAGUCGGGACUUUGCACCAGCAGGGAAGGACGAGAGGAGACUGACCUGUCCUAUAAGAUCGACAAGAAGAUUCAACUGAGCGCACCCACAAAGCAACUCUUCCCUGAUUCACCGUUCCCUACGAAUUUCUCUGUGAUGACGACAGUGAGAGCUGUGAAGGGCUCGCAGGCUUUUCUCCUCUCUUUGUAUGACUCGCAGGGAACGCAGCAGCUGGGUGUGGAGGUCGGUCGUUCUCCUGUCUUCCUCUAUGAGGACCACGAGGGUCAGCCCCCACCUGAACUCUACCCCACCUUUAGAAAGAUCCACCUGGCUGAUGGCAAGUGGCACCGAGUCGCCUACAGUGUGGAGGGUCAGUCUGUGACCCUGUACCUGGACUGUGUCAAAGUGGACACCCUGGACCUGCUCAGAGGUUUUGAUCCCCACGUCAGCACCGAUGGAGUAACUGUGUUCGGGACAAGACUGCUGGAUGAAGGCGUGUUUGAGGGAGAGAUCCAGCAGUUGCUGAUUGUUGAAGACCCCAGGGCAGCAGAGACCUACUGUCAGGACUUCAUCCCAGACUGUUACGCACCUUUGCCCUACAACACCAUUCUAGAAGAGCCGGAGGAGGUGGAGAGGGUCCCUAAGAAACCCAUGGUCCAAGAGUUUGAGGAGUUUGACUACAGCGAUCUCUAUGAAGACCUCUCUAUUUCCACAGUGACAACAGGCCCGAACGUCACCGAGUAUGAGAUCAUCGAGUACGAAGACUAUGACAACACUACAGAUUACUACCACGUGAAUGAGUAUGAAUAUGAGGAAGAGUAUGACGACCGCUACGGACCAGCUGAGAGAGAACGGGAGGUGUCUCUUCACGCAGAGGAUUUACCAGAAAAAGGACAGAAAGGAGAGCCAGGCCUGCUGGGACCGGGAACACAGAUCACAGGACCACAUGGGCCUCCAGGACCUGAGGGAGAGCCAGGACCUCCUGGAGUCACAGGACCCGUCGGACCACGAGGAGACCCCGGGGAGCUGGGCCCUCCAGGGCGGCCAGGCCUUAACGGGGCUGAUGGGAUACCAGGACCCCCGGGAAACAUCAUGCUCAUACCGUUCCAGUCAGGUGGCGAUCCAAAGACUGGUACUGUAGUUUCUGCACAGGAGGCUCAGGCUCAGGCCAUCCUACAGCAGACUAAGCUUGCUAUGAAAGGACCUCCAGGGCCACUCGGCCUCAGAGGACGACCCGGACCACUGGGUUCACCUGGUCCGUCUGGACUAAAGGGUUCAAAUGGAGAUAUGGGCCCAGCGGGUCCUCCAGGGCUGCCUGGUAUCCCGGGUCAGAAUGGACGAAUUGGGAAAAGGGGGCGAGCGGGUGGUGACGGAGGCCGUGGUGCAAUCGGAGAGACCGGAGCAAAGGGGGAUAGAGGCUUUGACGGCCUGCCGGGUCUUCCUGGAAACAAAGGACAUAAAGGGGAUAGAGGGAAACCAGGGCCUGCGGGGCCUGCUGGAGAGCCAGGAGAGAAGGGUUCUGAGGGGCCAACCGGGCCAAGAGGACAACCAGGGGAUGCUGGUUCCAGAGGUCUGAAUGGUCCCAGAGGCCGUCCUGGACCCCCAGGCCAGAUUGGAAUUCGUGGAGUUGAUGGUGUUCAGGGUUCAAAAGGAAACAUAGGACCUCCAGGAGACGUCGGAGCACCAGGACAGCAGGGAAACCCUGGGAUUGUGGGCUUUCCUGGUCCUCAAGGGUUAGUUGGACUCCCAGGAGAGAAGGGGCCUCAAGGAAAGAAAGGGAUGCCUGGUUUACCUGGAAAUGAUGGUCCCCCUGGUCACCCUGGAAGAGAAGGGACACCAGGUGAAAAAGGACUGCCGGGUCCUGUAGGAGUGCAGGGUCCUGUUGGAUACCCUGGACAACGAGGAGUUAAGGGAGCAGAUGGAAUCAGAGGACUGAAGGGGAGCAAAGGUGAAAAGGGAGAGGACGGUUUCCCAGGGGCCAAAGGUGAGAUGGGAGCAAAGGGAGACGUUGGAGAUAAUGGGCCUACAGGUGGUCGAGGUGAAGAUGGACCUGAGGGGCCAAAAGGUCAGACGGGUCCUCAAGGGGAUGCUGGUCCCCCUGGUAUUGCUGGAGAAAAGGGUAAACUAGGAGUUCCUGGGCUGCCAGGGUAUCCAGGGCGGCAGGGACCAAAGGGUUCUGAUGGAUUUCCUGGUGUUCUGGGAGCUGGGGGAGAGAAAGGAAAGAAAGGUCCUGCAGGACAGCCAGGAGGAGCAGGCCAGAGGGGUCCAAAUGGUGCACGGGGUGCCAGAGGAGCAAGAGGGCCUACGGGGAAACCAGGAGAAAAGGGCUCUUCAGGAAAUGAUGGACCCCCAGGAUCUCCUGGAGAGAGAGGACCCUCAGGGCCGCAAGGAAGGAACGGAGAGCCAGGACCUAAAGGAGGAACGGGUCCUGCUGGGAAGGACGGGCUUCCAGGUCACCCAGGUCAGAGAGGAGAGCCGGGAUUCCAAGGGAAGACGGGCCCUCCAGGACCCUCAGGUGUUGUGGGGCCUCAGGGUAAAUCAGGUGAACCUGGUCCAACAGGAGACAGAGGUCAUCCAGGAGCACCAGGAGUACCUGGAGAGCACGGUUUACCUGGACCUGCUGGGAAGGAAGGAGGAAAGGGUGAUCCAGGAUUACCGGGGACAUCAGGAAAGAGCGGUCCUACAGGACUUAAGGGGUUCAGAGGCAGCAGAGGAGCUCCAGGAGUUAUGGGACCCCCAGGUCUAAAAGGAGGAUCAGGUCCAAAUGGAAUCGCAGGAGCUUUAGGGCCGUCAGGUGAAAGGGGCCCUCCAGGACCAGCUGGUGCCAUCGGACAGCCUGGUCGGGCUGGAGCAAUUGGAGGACCUGGACCAAUGGGAGAGAAGGGCGAGCCUGGUGAGAAGGGCCCGAUCGGUCCAGCUGGUCAGGAUGGAGAUCAGGGACCUGUUGGGUUGCCUGGGGCGACGGGCCCCGCAGGACCUCCGGGAGACGAUGGGGAUAAGGGAGAGCAGGGAGAACCUGGGCAGAAAGGCAGCAAAGGAGACAAAGGAGAAUCAGGACCUGCAGGACCCACCGGCACCCAGGGGGUGGUUGGUCAGCCAGGACUUCCAGGUGUAGAUGGGCUGGUGGGUCCCCGGGGACAGCAGGGGAUGUACGGUCCAAAAGGAGAUGAAGGACCCCGUGGCUUCAAGGGCUCUAGAGGACCGAUUGGCUUACAGGGUAUGCCUGGUCUGCCAGGAGAGAAGGGUGAGAGUGGACAUGUGGGGCUGAUGGGUCCACCUGGUCAACAAGGCCCUAAUGGUCCUCAAGGCCCUAUUGGAGGACAGGGUCCCAACGGUCGACCUGGGAUGAUCGGACAGCCCGGUGGUGUUGGAGAGAAGGGGGAAGACGGUGAGGCAGGUGACCCUGGUUCAGUCGGUAUUCCGGGGAGGCCGGGAGAAAAAGGAGACCAAGGGGAGAAGGGAGAUACAGGCCCUUCAGGAGCAGCUGGUCCUCCAGGAGCAAGGGGCCAGACAGGAGAGGACGGAGCCAAGGGCAAUGCUGGUCCCAUUGGUCUCACCGGGGACCUUGGACAGCAGGGAGAGGCUGGACCCAAUGGGAUAGACGGCCUGCCCGGAUCUAAAGGAGACACAGGAGACCCUGGAAAAUCUGGACCUCCAGGAGCGCCUGGGGAACCUGGACCACCUGGACCUCCAGGGCGAAGGGGGCACUUGGGAAAACCAGGGAAGGAGGGAAAAGCUGGCCUCAAAGGAGCAAAGGGUGCUCCUGGUUUGGAGGGUCCCAUUGGUAAGACAGGGCCUGUAGGAGCACAGGGACACCCAGGAAAGCCUGGACCUCAAGGUUUAAGAGGCAUCCCCGGCCCUGCAGGAGAGCAGGGACUAAACGGACCACCAGGCCAGACAGGACCCCCAGGACCCAUGGGUCCUCCAGGAUUACCAGGACUGAAGGGAGACCACGGAAAGAAGGGAGACAAAGGUCACGGGGGUCUAAUAGGACUGAUCGGGCCACCAGGAGACAUGGGGGAGAAGGGCGACAGAGGACUACCAGGAAACCAGGGACUACCGGGUCCAAAAGGAGACGAGGGUCCAGUUGGUCCCCCGGGUCCUCACGGUCCUCCUGGCCCCACUGGUCUUUCUGGUGCCAUUGGUGCAAAGGGUUCUAAAGGAAACCAGGGUCCCAUUGGUCCAAGAGGAGACAAUGGGCCUGCUGGACCUCCAGGACCACCAGGGUUGCCAGCAGCCGGGAUAUCCCCUCUGCCAGAGCGAGGACGAAGGAGGAGAACCCACAGUUCGGUGGAUGGUGCUGCACUUGAAGAGGAGGAGGCGGUAGAUGGAGGAGAGGAGGGCUGGAUACAGGGAGACCAGGCAGGGCAGGACGGGUGGAUGAAGGAGAAGGACGGUAAAGGCAUGGAGGAGGUGUUUGCAUCUCUGUCCUCUAUGAAAGUAGAGGUGGAGGGUCUGCGUAACCCACAGGGGACGUACCACAGCCCAGCCCGCACAUGCAAGGAGCUCUGGCUCCUCCACCCAGGCCUCCCCAAUGGUGAAUACUGGAUAGAUCCGAACCAGGGUUGCCAUAGAGACUCCUUCAAGGUGUUCUGUAACUUCACGGCACAGGGAGAGACGUGUCUGUACCCUGACAAGAAGUUUCAGUCUGUGAAGUUAGCAGCCUGGAAAGGAGAAAAGCCUGGUUCCUGGUACGGCACAUUCAGGAAAGGAAAACAGUUCUCAUACUCGGGGUCUGAUGGCGUUCCAGUCCACAUCGUCCAGUUGACCUUCUUACAGCUGCUGAGCGCGACAGCCAAACAAACCUUUACUUAUCACUGCCUUAACUCUGCCGCCUGGCUGCAUUCUGCCACCUUCAGCCAUGAGCAUGCACUGCGCUUCAGAGGCAGCGACGGGGAGGAGCUGACACACGAGAACACACAUUACAUCAGUGCGCUGUACGACGGGUGUCAGACGCGCUCAGGACAAGAGAGGACAGUGUUGGAAUUUGACGCUCCGCUCUCCAACACGCUCCCUAUCAUCGACAUUGCUGUUUCUGAUUUUGGAAAGGGGAGCCAGAAAUUUGGUUUCCAAGUUGGCCCGGUCUGCUUCAACGGUUAACGAUGCAAAGGGGCGGGGCCUAAACAGGAGUUAUUUAAAAGGAAUAAAAGAGCCAUGGACACUUUCUACAUGCAGGGAGAAAACUACGUUCAAGACUCACCUGGCGCAAAAUAUUUAUAAGUUGUUUUACCUACAACAGUGUUUUUCUGUCUUUGCAUUCAUUCUUUUUUACACAGACAAUCACCUCUUAAAUCUUUUUAUCUCAACUUUUCUCACAUCAUCCUCAAAAACAUUGCAUUGACCGUGAACUGUAUCAUUAGUUUCUUUUCCGUCAUCCCUCUUAACAGAGCGAGGGGCGCUCCCACAGUUUAAUCUAUUUCUGUCACACAUUUAUUGAUCCAUGCACUCAAUUCUCAUCAACACGCAGGCCUCUGGAUAUCAUGCUCAGUGAAUCAUCUUGAAAAUACAGGAACAGCACAUUUCAGGCACAUUCACUUGCCAUGCAGUUCUGUGUCAUCACCAAACCUCAAUUGUUGUGUUUAUUUUUGUUUGUUGUUGUCAUUUUGUUGUUAUUAUUAACUGUAAUGUGAUGUAUAUUGGAGUGUAAUUCAUCACGGUGCUAUUAUGUAGCUCCUUACAGGAGUACAUGUCUUUGUAAAGGGAACUGGGGCAGUGCAUUUUUUAUAUUGUGAAUCCAUGUUUUGUGUUUUUUCAACAUUUCAAACCAAACUGUGGUACAUGAUUGCCUCAUUGUCUUUCUAUGCAUAG